AUGGCGUCCUCACCGGCGGAGGGCGUCUCAAUACGGACGAUCAGACUGAAAGUCUUGUACACCUUUGACGUUGAACAGAAGGACAACCACCUUGCAAGAUGGCCUCAUUCCAUGGAGGUACAGACCGCCUUCGUCGACGACGUGAAUCAAAUCGGCGUCAUCGACCUCCGAACGUGCUUGGAAGCCGUCACCACCGCGAGUCCAGAACUCGCCACACAUCCAGAAAAUGACUACACGGUUUAUGCAUACGAUUACUCAGAACCGGAUACGCCGUUAGUGGGACAGGGACUGUUGUCGAGGGCAUUUGGUGCCGAUCAAGGCCAGGGCGCAGGCAACGAUAAUGAUUCCAUGGUGACGGGCAAGAUCACCAAGAAUGUUAUGGGCCUGUUUUCGAAGAACGCGCAGGAGAUGCUCGAAGUCAGACUGCGCCUAACACCUGUGUCCACCUUCUCACAGACGCGGUAUCGCUCGGGAAGCGUGAGUUCACAAGACGGCAUUCGACCGCAGUGGAGCAAUAGCUCGCUGACACAAGCUAUGCCAUCCGCCACGUCGCCAGUCGACACCUCGGGCCUUGAAGCAAUGCAGAGAAUGCUGACCCGAGAGAACAUGCAAAAUUCUGGACCAAUAAGCAGACCGGGUACGCCCAACGCGUCCCAAAGCCUCAAUGCACCAGCAAGACAGGCUGGGCCCUUGUCUCGUCCAAGCUCGAGAGCCGGCAUGCGUCAGCCAUCUCACGCGCGACGUGAUUCUUUCAACUCUGGUUACUACAGUGGGGACGAUAUCGUCGAGGAGGGCACGGCAAGAAAGCGCGCAAAAAUAACCAAAGUCGAUUGGCCUACCAAGUCUGAUCUCAACAUUGAACGACAGCCUGAGUCAUUACGUGUAGCGGCAAGCAUUGCAUCCAGCGUGCGUCUUCACCGGCCGAUAGCGUUGAAUCCGGCGACUGCAGGUCAAGCAGGUGUUUCUUCGGAAGAGCCGGUCAGACCGCCCACACCGAUACCUGUCAAUAAGUCCGGCAAACCACGCGGUCGACCUGGACGACCAAGGAAGAACCCGAUAAGCAACCUCGUCCAUGGGGCUCAGAUUCGAGGGUCUUCCCCCAACCUUGAGUCGGCACCUCAACCCGAGCUUCUCAAUGUCCCCAUCACCUCUCCAGAAGAUACCCGAGCACGAAGCGUUUCCAGUACCCCUGCGAACAUACCAUCUUCGCCACCAGUCAUGCCUGAACAACAACAUUCCGUGAUCACUAGUCCUGCACUUCCACCCAUGGCUGAUCAUGGUCAUGAUUCGGGCUUCAUGAGUGAGAAUUUUGACGAGCUUUUCGGAGAUGAUCAGACCCUGCAUUUCGGCGACUUCAUAGUCGACAAGCCGGACGGUCAAGGUGACCAUGAGACAGGUUGGGAACGACACAACAACGCUACCGCCAUGUAUCCUUCGGUCUUUGAAGAUGGCAACGAGCUCGAAGAUCAUCCAACCAUCCAAACUAAAUCGAAUAUGGUCCCCCCUGCACCCCCGGCUCUGUCGAGGCCCUUGGCUAGAGCGCAGUCCUACACUCCUGCUCCGCGGACAAAUAUGUCGUCUCCUAGGCUGGCACCAGCACCUAUCCCAAGGGCUCGCCAGAUCAUGGAGGAGCAACGGGAUCAGCAACGCAUGAAAACAUUAGCACCUGCACCAGUACCAAAGAGCGAUCCGCCUUCGAGAGCCUUCCAACGUUCGCAGACAUGGGCACCCGACAGUGACGCAGUCAUGUCAGAUGCACCCACAUCGGAAGAAUCCAGAGCCAAAGCUGCUUCCAGGAAAAAAGUGGGCAAGGAACAGACUAAAGCGAGACUUGAAGCUGCAAUCGCGAAUGGAGAGAUGCCUCCUUUCUGCGACAAUUGUGGAUCUAUCGAAACCCCUGCAUGGCGACGUGCGUACGCUAAGACCUUCAAGUGUAACUGGGACGAUGUUGAGACGUCUCUGGACACGGGCGAAUGUUGUUACAAAGAGAUUCUCGAACAUAACCCUGAUGGGAGCGUGAAGGCGUUCAGAGGCUACAAAGUUGAAAGAAGAGCAGGCGACGAAGCAGAUCAGUGGGUAUCGAUCCUCUUGUGCAACCCAUGCGGCCUAUGGUUCCAUAAGCAAAAGUGUCCUCGACCGCCUGAAAAGUGGCAGAAAAAAGAUCCCAAGGAAAGGGGCAAGCGAAAGCGAAAUUCGAACUCUUCAAAGCUACCGAAGAAAGCUAAUGGAACCCUGAAUCCGAAGAGUGAUGCCCAAACCCCUGCUAGCGACGACUCUUCACCGGCUGAUACUGCAACCGAAGCCCCUGAUGUUGAUGAAAACGAAAACGAAGCGUCGAACAAUGGGGACUUCAUGGCGGACGAUGUCGAACCACAAUUGCCCCCAAUGCUCCGAACGCUCAGAGCUAGUAGUGCUGACCCUGGACCAAGGGGUUUGCAGGCAAGCUUUCGCCCUCGAGGCCCUAGCAGGCAAAUUCAGUCAAGCCCUGGACAAGCACAUGGAUCCGAAGGAGUACCCAUCGAAAUAGACCUUACCCCAAAGCCUGUAAGGAGACAGCUGUUUCCAUCCCCCGACAAAGUACAGGUCCGAUCGGAUCCACUCCCGGCCACGUCCUCCUUUAAUGCUACAACUCACCCUCACCUUCCAGCCUUUGUCCGGCGAAGUCCCAGACUCAACAAGACCCGAGACGCCUUCGAAUUGUCCGCAGGCGGUGUGGAAGUGGCGGUGGAUGGCAAAGAAAAUGUCGCUCCAGUACAAGCACCAGCUAUCAUGGAUGACGGGCUUGCUGACCUAUUUGAGGAGGGCCCUGUGGAUGUGGAACUACCUCCCAUGACCCCAACUCCCAAAAGACGUUCUGAACGACUGCUGCUGAAGACUCCAUCGAAAACUCCUCAGCGCCAAUUUGGUGCUGGCCUAUCCCCGAAUGCCGAAUUGCACCCGAGUUUUCGCACCCCCAAGGCAAAGUCAGCAGGACAUCCAGCACUGACAGCCCUGUUAGGCACUGUGCAUAAGGAUGUUCUGGAAAUGACACCCUUUUCCCGGUCAAUCCACGAAGCCUUGACUAGCGAUCUUCCGCCACCGAUGGAUUUGUCCGAGGAAGAAAAGGCACUUCUACGCGGGUCAUCAAAGAGGAAUACCCCAAACAAGGCCCUCUCCUUUGACUUCCCUGAUUUACCAUCACUCAAGAACUCCUCUCCGGUGUCGCACGAGCAACUGCUCAAUUUCAACUUCUCCGAACUGACAACUGACCACCUGAACAGUGAUUGUCCGGAUCCGUUUCACGCCAAUGCCACGAUGCCCAGUUCACCGCCUCCAGGAUUGUUUAGUUUUCUGGACACGGAUGAACAUAUUUUGUGGGAGGGCAUGCUUUCAGCAGACGGGACUCCUCUGGACGGGCAGUCAGCCUUUGCGGAUUCGCACACUGAAGGAGCGAAAGCAACGAAGCUACCUCACCCCGUGCGAAGGAGUCCUAGAAAGCAACAGCCCGAAUGA